GGACACUUGUCCCCCAUUUUUCUCAACUCAUCUCACUCGGCACGUCGACUCGCCAUGAGCGACCCUGAAACAUCGGGGGUUGGAAUUGAGAAUGAGGUUUCCUUGACCGACUCGGCUCGGCUGAGCUUGGUCAGAGUGCAAGAGGUGCUUCAGAGCAUCUUCGAGUUCUAUGCCAGUGCUACAGCUUUGCAAGAGCCGAGGCUUACAAAUGCCAAGUUUACUCGCAUUGUCAUGGAUGCAGCUUUGGUCGAUGAGAAGCUCACGCCAGCAAAGGUGGAUGUGACCUUCAGCAGAGUGUGUGGCAACUCGCCCCACAUGAUGCUGCCCCAAUUUCGUGAUGCAAUGGUCCGCUUGGCGGCCAUCAAAUACCCGCAGCUGUCUCGAACGGAGGCAGUUUUGCAGAUCUUCAAAAACCUGGCAACGUUUCAGGGGCAAACCAAAGAUGUUUUCUCCGAGCUUGACGAUGCCGUGUUGAGCCUUUUGGGCAUCGCCCGGCCAUCGUUGCAGAUCCUCUAUGAGGGCUACUUCCCGGGCGUUCAAUUUGGGAAAUCUUCUCGACCAGGAGCACAAAAGCCUAGAGAGUCUGUAAAGCAGACGUCUUUGGCGCAAAGUGAGGCACAGAAUGGCCUCGUGCAGUUCCUGACCGAUUUUGAGGUGGUGCCGGAGCUUCUACCAAAAUCCAGCGCCUUUGCCGUGUUCCGCGAGGUCGCCAAGGCGGCAACGAUCCCCCUGGAGGUGAAAAGAAAGCUUGGAGAUGAUCAAGUCUCAGGCCGCUUUUUUUCGUACAGCCAUUUCGCCUGCAGUUUCCCCGUCAUGGCUCAAAAGGCCUUUGCAAGUCCAGGUAUUGUGUCGCUGGUGCGGCUGAUGCAAUGGAUGGACGCGUCCAAGGGACGGGUGCUCUUCAGUCAGUCUUUCCCGGGCUCAGCGCCCAAGGGCUGCGCUGUGAGCCUCCGCAUUCUGCCGGAAAUGGAGAAGUUGCCCGAGGAGCUGCGGGGCGAAGAGUUGGAGCCGAAGGUGCAGGAGCCACAGGAGGGCAAGGUGCGGCGCAACUCUUACGUGGAGGUGCACCGUCGCUCCCAGUCCACCGGGCGCACCAGUGUCACGCGCGCAGCCCGCUCCCAGUCGCGGGCGGAUGGUGCUCAUCGUGCACGGCCUGCGGUGCUUCCAGAGUGGGCUCACGCAGAGAUCCAGAAAACCUUCGGGCACUAUGCUUCUUUGGCAGAUCCGUUGAACCGCACCACGCUCACCUCGCAGAAGUUUGGCAGAUUCUUGCGUGACUGCGGGCUACUGAGCAUGGAGGCUGAAGGAGCAGUGACCUUCGAGUUUGCUCCUGAAGGUCGACGUUCGCUUCGGCCCAGAGGUUCAUUGGAUUCUGCUAUUGGUGCAAAGCCUGGUCUCAGUCGCUCCAAUUCGACCGGUGCCCUGAAGCGUGCAUCCAUGCCGGCGCGCAGAGGCAGUGGCGUGGGUUUGGAGGCUUCGGUGGAACGGCGUGCUUCUUUCGCGGUGAGCGGCCAGGCGGCGCGGAGUGCUUUACCCUUGAAGGUCUUUCCAGUUCCUCCUUUGAGCCAGGUGGAGGUGGACUUGAUCUUUGUCCAGGCCACGAGACCAGACGACACUCAAGAAAGACGGAGAUCUGUCAUCAAGGUUGGUGGGGGUUCCAAGCGCCUCAUGACAGUGGAGAGCUUCGUGAAGGCUUUGGUGGAUGUGGCUGUUCAGGUGAUGGCACCCGAGCCUGAGGAUGUCUCGAACAGUCUCGAGGACUUUUGCAAGCGCGUGGUUGCCUGUCGCGAUGGUGCGGGAGGUGUGUGGCCGAAGGUGAUCAGACCGUUGAAUGAGAUUUUGCUCAGAUCCCGCAGUGAGGACUUGUUGGGGGUAUUGGAGCUUCAAGAGAAGCCUGAGGUGAAGAGGUUAUUGCAAGACUGCAGCUUUGGAAUUCAGAAGCUUUUCCUUUGCUAUGCCUCGGAACCCACUUCCAAACGGGCAUUUUGGAAUUCUGACUCGGUGACCAGGUUUGCGAUUGACUUCGACUUCCUGGGAGAGGUUAGCAACCUCCCUUUGCAGCGGAUGUUCCAGGAUGCGUGUCAAAGCACCAACCAGCUGAAGGCUGAGGAGAAGCUUCUCCUCGAGAACUUCCCUUUGUUCCUUCUCAUGCUUGCAAACAAGACCCAUGCUGGCCAGGCCUGCCCAGUGCUGCAGGACCGAGUGGUGUUGCUUUUCCAGCGCAUCAAUGCGAUUGCUUGCACUUCCACUCAAGCGCCACGCUUUGGCCUGGCAAAGGAAGCCUUGCUCCCCUUGUCUCGCGAAAGCACCCGACGCACGAGCAUUCAGUCCUCCAUGAUGGAGGAGCCGCGGCGGCAUGACGAAGCUGGUCUUUCUUGGGAUGAGCUUUUAAGUUCGACCUUCUAGCUUCUGAGCUGGACAGCAAACGAACCGGAUUCACAGAGUGCGCACACACAAUUUGUGGUGCCCGAAUUGCC